AUGUCGGGUGAAUGCUUCAAUUGUGGACGUUCUGGUCAUUUUGCUCGUGACUGUCAAUCAGGGUCAAGAGGUGGUAGAGGGGGCGGUGGUUAUCGUGGUGGACGUGGCGGUGGUGGCGGCGGCGGAGGUGGACGCGACCGUGACUACAAUGAACCUCGUCGAAACAUGUGUUACAACUGUGGUGGGACGGGACAUUUUGCACGAGAUUGUACUAAUGGAAGACGAGAAGGUGACGGCUCAUAUAAUAAUGGUGGUGGUAGUGGACGUGAUUGCUACAACUGUGGCGAGCCAGGCCACAUCUCUCGAGACUGCCCGAAUAAUGAUCGGAGAAAUGACUCAAGCGGUCCAAAAUGUUUCAGGUGUAAUAAGUACGGUCAUAUCGCGCGAGAUUGCACAGAAAGUGGAGGUUCUGGCCCGCAGUGCUAUAAAUGUCAAGGCUUUGGUCACAUAGCAAGCCGAUGCAACGUGGAAGCAUGAGUGGGAUACAUGGGACUGACUUUGUUGUAGUGUUUCAUACCCGCAAUCACUGUUUCUCUUCGCACUCACUGUGUGGUGAAUGCAUUAAACUGAAUUUAUG